ACCACAUUCAGGCUAGGCUGCACACUGUUGCAAGCGACUUCAAAAAUCAACAUAUUCUAGUGCGAUAUCAAAUGGUGGAAUGACCGACUACUCUGUCUUCGCUCGUCCUGAUUUCGACGCCAACGAUUAUGCGAAUGCCAUACUUGCAGGAGAAUCUUAUCCCUCUCAACCAGGAAAAGCAACUGUUGGCACUUCUAAAAGCACUGCUCUAGAGCCCGCAAGAGAAGACAUAUCUGUCGCUAUAUCCAAGUUAAACCUUGGAAUUGACGAUGUGUCCAAGCAAAUCAAGAAUGUGGUCACUAAUCAUCACGAGCAAUUGCUCGAGCAGGCAACUAGCGUGAAUGAUCUCUCCGGUUCACUAACCUCCGUUCGACGAGGACUGAGCGAACUCGAUACUUCUCUGGAGAAACUUCGUCUGAAGAUUCGCGUCCCUUACCAAUCUCUGCAAGCACAUGUCACACGAUUACAACGCUUGCAAGAAGCAUCAGAUAUUCUCCGUCGAACAUCACGCUUCGUUGUCCUAGCUAGGAGACUGGAAAUACAAAUGUCAGAAAUGGCAAAAUUCGAUGGUGAUACAGAGGCCAGCUACAGCAGCACAAAUCAAUCAAUCGACCUGAAUGGAUCUACGCUGGGCGCAGACUCUCUCACCGCCUUGGAUCACGAAACGGAGAAGGAGCGCACGAUAGCGAAAGCAGCACUCAGUGUUGCUGAAUUGGUGGCGCUAUUGGAUAGUUCAGUUGGCGCUUCGAAUAAUGUAUCCGAAGGCAAAUGGUCCAACUUGGAUAGGGUGCCAAUUUCAGACACCGAUAUUCAUGGGAAUGUCUCGUUGAGGUCUGUUGAUGCCGUGGCAGACCGUGUCUUGUUUAUUGAAGACGCUCGUACGAAAGUCACUACGGAAAUGGAGCAUAUGGUACUGGCUGGGCUCACAAGUUUGAAUCAAUCCAUGUUGGCUUCUUCUCUGCAAACAGCUUACAACCUACGGGUCCUGCCAAGACUUGUGAAUAGUUUGGUACUCGAUCUGUCGGAUGCCGUGGAAGAUAGGAUACGCAGUGCCUUUGAUCUGUCACGAAUAUCAAAGGAAGUUGUGGCGAAAGAUUCUCCUUCCCAAAGUCUUAUGUACAAAUCACGUGUUAGAACUGAACCAACUAACAUAACCGCUCCUCAGUGGACAGCAGCUUUAUGGAGUCGUCUUGACACACUCAUAGAAGAAUUGACAAGUUGUUGUAUCAAGGUAUAUACAUUGGAAAGGGUCCUGAAACUCAAAAAGGACGCAGCGUCCCAAACGGUGUUUUUAGAUGAGGCUAUGGAGAUGUUGGAAAACAAACCUAGUGCUACUUUCUGGACCUCUCUCAGUCGCGCUCUAGAGAAAUAUGCCAGGGACGCUGCAAAAGGUUCUACCUUCUUACAGCAGACAUUAAGCGCAGGAUAUCCCAAAUUGUUACGGCUGUUUCAUGAGUUCUUCGCCAAAAUUGCAGUGCACACCGAUACCGUGUAUACCUCGACAUAUCAGAGCCCAGAAACAGUUCUGGUCUUACGUGCGCUAUCCAAUUUCGAAGCGCUGUACCUUUCGCGCUCUUCGAACAAAUUGAAUGAGGCUGUAGGCCAGGCUUUUGCAGGUGGUGCUCGAGCACCGCCUGGGAUGAAUGAAGGCAUCAAUAUUGCCCGUGCUGUUGCGAAUGAACUGGACUCUGCGCGCUUCGAUCCACUGCUGACCUUGUCCGUGGCCAAAAAUGCCCUGUCUAGCCUCGACAUGUUCUUGUCGAGAACUGAUGGAUUAAUUUCAAGAGAUCGGUCGGCAGUUACGUUGGUCGGUCCCACUGCCACCCCCCAACAAGUUGUCAAUGGUCAAGUCGCGACGUGUUUGUACCACUGCUGGUCAAGACUAGAAAAACUUGAAGGUGAACAUGCAGAGAAUACGUAUGGCAUAAUUAAAAAAUCUGUAGAGAGCAUACAUGAUGCUUUUGAACGCAUGGCCAAUCCUCUCUUGGUUUCUAUUCGCCGUGAGCUAGGUGCUAUCAUCGCUAGAUUACACAGACUGGACUUUCGGAAGUCUGUGGAUCCUAUGGCAGGUAUGGCAGGACCUAGUCUAUACAUGAAAGACCUCGUAGAAAAACUUUCGUACAUCAAAAUGGAGAUACUGCCUCAGUAUAACAUCCCAGAGGCUGUUAAAACCUGGGUUGUCUCCAUUGUCAAAUUUGUCAUAAGGACCUUCGUUCUCCAUGCAUCUAUUGCCAAGCCAUUAGGAGAGAGUGGAAAGUUACAACUAACGAGUGAUAUGACCGAGCUUGAGUUUGCAUUGAGUGCAUUCUUGGUGGGAAACCAGCAAAGUAAACGUGGAGGCAAUUUGGAGAGUGUUGGAGAUGAAUAUAAAUCGUUAAGAGCUAUGCGCCCUCUGUUGUUCCUUGAUAAUGCAAUGCUGACAUCUGCAGAGCGAACAGCAGGAUUGCCUCGUCUCGUAGUUCUGCAUCACAUCCUCGUUCGUUCGCCUAUACCCCUCCCACACACUCUGCACGGCUGGCAGGAAGCUGAAUACGUUCGCUGGGUAGACGAACAUUCCGAGGAGGAGGCAUGGACACUGGUAGAGAGCGGCCUCUCCCAUUGGGAGAAGAUGAGAGAAAUUGAGGAUUUGGCACAAGCUGUGUUGAGUAAUAUCAAGCGUAUAUCAUAAUAUUUUCCUUUG